GGUCCCAGCUACCCGAUGGCAUCACUCUACGUGGGUGAUCUUCACCACGAUGUGACAGAGGCCAUGCUGUACGAGAAAUUCAGUCCAGCUGGGCCCAUCCUGUCUAUCCGCGUGUGCCGGGAUGUCAUCACCCGCCGCUCCCUCGGCUACGCCUACGUGAACUUCCAGCAGCCGGCCGAUGCAGAACGGGCGUUGGACACUAUGAAUUUGGACGUGAUCAAAGGUAAGCCUGUCCGCAUCAUGUGGUCCCAGCGCGACCCUUCCCUGCGGAAAAGUGGCGUGGGUAACAUUUUCAUCAAAAACUUGGAGAAGUCCAUAGACAACAAGGCGCUCUAUGAAGCCUUCUCCAUCUUCGGGAACAUCCUGUCCUGCAAAGUGAUAAGUGAUGAGAAUGGUUCCAAGGGCUAUGGCUUUGUUCACUUUGAAAAUCAAGAGUCUGCAGAAAGCGCCAUUGAGAAAAUGAAUGGGAUGCUUCUGAAAGAUCUCAGAGUGUUUGUGGGACGUUUCAAAUCCCGCAAAGAACGAGAAUCGGAACUGGGAGCUAAAGCCAGAAACUUUACCAAUGUUUACAUCAAGAAUUUUGGAGAAGACAUGGACGAUAACAGACUUACCGAGAUAUUUGGAAAAUUUGGACCUGCCUUGAGCGUAAAAGUGAUGACUGAUGAUUGUGGAAGAUCUAAGGGCUUUGGAUUCGUCAGUUUCCAGAGACAUGAAGAUGCCCAGCAAGCGGUAGAGGGCAUGAAUGGCAAAGAACUCAAUGGAAAGAAAAUUUACGUUGGCAGAGCCCAGAAAAAAAGAGAAAGGCAGACAGAACUCAAGCGUCGUUUUGAACAAAUGAAACAAGAUAGGUUCAUCAAAUAUCAAGGGGUUAACCUUUAUGUAAAAAACCUUGCCGAUGACAUUGAUGACGAACGUCUGAAAAAAGAAUUUUCGUUUUUUGGAAUAAUCACUAGUGCUAAAGUUAUGAUGGAAAAUGGCCGCAGCAAAGGAUUUGGCUUUGUCUGUUUCUCCUCACAAAAGGAAGCUACCAGAGCAGUCCUGGAAAUGAAUGGGAGACUUGUGGCAAAUAAGCCAUUGUAUGUAGCUUUAGCCCAACGGAAAGAGGAGCGAAGGGUUCACCUUACAAACCAAUACAUGCAGAGAAUAGCUCAGAUAAGAUCCAUGCCCAGCCCGGUGCUCAGUCCAUACCAUCCAGCAUCUCCUUCCCGCUAUUACUUGACACCUUUUCCCCAAAGCCAGAGCCAGGCAGCAUACUAUUCUGCCUGCCAACUUGCUCAGCUCAGAUCAAGCCCUCAAUGGACUGCUCAGAGUCUUAGGCCUCACUGCUUCCAGACCAUGACCAGGGUUAUCGGCCCAACAGUUCCUAGACCCAGACCAUCCUAUAGUCCUCUAUGGUCAACCCCACAGAUUCCAAGAAUGGUGACAUCACGGAGGGUUGUGAACUCCCCAGCACAGCUGUUGGGUCCUCUGAGACCCAUAAGACCUACAUUUGUUCCAACUGCCCAUGCAGUUCAGCAGUAUAAAGAUGCUGCUGUCCGAAGUCGUCAUCAGAGAUCUCUUAGUAUACCACCAAUUAUUCCCACCAUGACCCAUCAGCCAGUUGCACCUAUACAAAGGCAAGAAGCUUUAAAGAGUUCUCUGCUAGCGUCUGCCCUUCCUCAAGAGCAAAAGCAGAUAUUGGGGGAACAGCUAUUCCCACUCAUUCAAGACAUGCAUCCUUCUCUCACUGGCAAAAUUACGGGUAUGCUAUUAGAGAUUGACAACUCGGAGCUUCUUCAUAUACUUGAGUCUCCUGAGUCUCUCCGUUCCAAGGUCAAUGAAGCUGUGGCGGUCUUGGAGGCCCACCAGGCUAAAGAAGGUACUCAGAAAGAAGAUUAA